AUGGCGGAUCCAUCUACAAUGGCUGAAGCUCCUUCCACCAAGCCAUCCAUCACUCACGUUAUUUUCGACAUGGACGGCCUUUUACUAGAUACAGAAAAGUUCUACACAGAAGUCCAGGAGAUUAUCCUUGCAAGAUACAAUAAAAGUUUUGAUUGGUCUCUCAAGGCCAAAAUGAUGGGUAGAAAAGCAAUAGAAGCUGCUCGAAUUUUUGUGGAAGAGAGUGGAAUCAGUGACUCACUCUCAGCUGAAGAAUUUCUUGUAGAGAGAGAAGAUAUGCUGCGAAGUUUAUUCCCCUCGUGCCAACUCAUGCCAGGCGCCAGUCGUUUAAUUCAGCACCUUCGUGCGAAUGGUGUACCUAUUUGUGUUGCAACUGGUUCACACAAAAGGCAUUUUGAGUUGAAAACUCAAAGGCACCGUGAACUCUUUUCACUGAUGCACCACGUAGUUCUCGGUGAUGAUCCGGAAGUCAAACAAGGGAAACCUUCACCUGACGUGUUCAUUGCAGCUGCCAAAAGAUUCGAGGGUGGACCAGUUGAUCCACGCAAGAUACUGGUUUUUGAAGAUGCACCAUCUGGUGUCUUAGCAGCUAAGAAUGCUGGCAUGUCUGUGGUUAUGGUUCCUGAUCCAAUGUUGGACAAUUCAUAUCACCAAACUUCUGAUCAGACUAUAAGCUCUCUCUUGGACUUCAACCCGAGCGAGUGGGGCCUGCCACAGUUCGAAAAAGCUGCAGCCUGA